AUGGAGGAAGAUGAAGAGCAAAAAGGGAAGAAGGAAAAGGAUGGUUCACACAAGGAGCAUAGACAAGGAUGGACUCCAUGUUUCUUCCAGAGGCCAGACAAAGAGUUGUAUCAUUACGUCGGGCAGGAGAUCAUCAUCCAGGAGGCUUUUGACUCAUAUGCAGGCAUGAUCUGGCCAGCGGCUUUGGCUCUCUGUCAGUACCUGGAUUCUCAUCGGAACCAGCUGAGUCUUGUGGACAAAGCAGUCCUGGAGAUUGGUGCAGGAACUGGCCUUCUGUCCAUUGUGGCGUCACUCCUCGGGGCCUGGGUGACUGCCACCGACCUUCCAGAGGUUCUGAGCAACCUGAGAUUCAACCUGUGCAAGAACACCAGGGGGCGGUGCCGACAUACCCCUCAGGUGGCCCCUCUGUCAUGGGGAUACGAUCUGGAGAGCACUUACCCCACAUCGGUCUACCGCUACGACUACAUCCUAGCCGCUGAUGUGGUCUACCACCAUGACUUCCUGGAGGAGCUCAUGGCCACCAUGAAGCACUUCUGCAAGCCCGGGACCACCUUGCUCUGGGCCAACAAGGUCAGAAUGGAGUCUGACCUCACGUUCGCAGACAAAUUCAAGAAGGCCUUUAAAACAAGGGUUCUGCAUGAGGACGGAGAGAUAAAGAUCUUCAUGGCCACUUGCAGAGAGGAUGGAACGAGAAAUGAGCUAGGGGAGGGCGGCUGUUUCCAUGGAAACAAGGAUGGAGAACCAGCCAAUCAGUGA